AUGUUGGGGUCUCCAGAAGUAGAGGGGAAAGAUCCAACAUGGACACCAAGCAAUCUGGAAAGGGCCGAUAACAGAAGUUACAAUGCUUUGACUAAUGAAGAUAGCGUGUUGCAAGUUUUUAAUGAUGGAAUGGAAAGCAUAGCUAGAGCAUCCAACACACACUUUGAACCUGUGAUCUUUCAGCUACAAACAACGCUUAGUGAAGCUACAAGCUACGAGAAAACCGAGUGCAUGCGAAAGGCUGAAGAGGCGUGCGCAAUAGUGUGUAAAACUAUUGCACCAAAAGACGGCGAAAAUCUCCUCCGUGUAAUUUCACCAGUCCGUAGUGAGUCACCCCCUAAUGAAGUGCUGGCUCUACUGAAUGCCUACAAAAACGCACCGACAAAGAAUAUCAAGACCCAAAUUUUGAGUUUGUAUUGCUAUCAGUACACUACAAAAAAACUAAAAGAGAUGCAUGAACCAUUCGAGAAGCUCAGCGAUCGAAAAAUAAAGCUUGCACGGUCGCACGCUAAAACGGUUGGAGAAGGUUUUCCAAUUGAAAAUGUUACAAUGUAUCGUCAUCGUAUGGAUAAAGGAAAGCUAGAUCACUUUUUGUCGUUUGUUAACCGACCAUAUUUUUACCAGGACGUUGCAUAUGGGACACGUAGACUUAAACUUGACAGUGGUGCCCGAAUUGAAAUGCCAAACGUUGUGCGAACCGUAACUAGAUCAACUAUUAUUGCCCAGUAUGAACAGCAUUGCGAGGGAGAAGGUUUCAGUCCGCUUAGCCGUGCAUCGAUGUAUCGAGUGUUACAAGUAAGGGAAGCAUCGCAACGAAAGUCACUCCAAGGGUUGGACAAUAUUGCAACGGAUGGCAGUGCCGCAUUUCAUACCCUUUCUCGCAUUGUAGAAGAUCUGGAACAAACGUAUGGAGCAGAAAAAGCGUGGUCCACACAAGUUCUUCGCGGUCUAAAAGAUGGUAAACGCUAUCUAAAAACGAACUAUCGAGUCCACUGCAGAAACGAAUCAAGCAGCUGUCCUGACCACUGUCGAACGUUCGCCUUGAGUGAUCCUGGUGAUCCAGAUUUCCAAGCUGAAUGUUCGCAUUCACACAACGUAUCCUGUGAAAGCUGUGAAAACAUCAAUCAAAUCAUGACGUCCAUUGAAGAGCAACUGACAGAACGUGCAAAUAAUAUGUAUACCAUGGAACAACUGGACGACUACAAGCAUGACGUUGCACAGGCACGACGCUUUAUUCAUAACUGGAAAGCGCACAUUUUACGCGCUCAACAGCAGGAAGAUAGCAAAACUAGCUGA